AUGCGACAACAGAAUGUUGUAUGGAAUAUGGAGCUUCUCGUUGAGCGGUAUAAGAAGCAACAAAACCCUCGUACACCUCGUGUCGAAGACAUCGCUUCAGAUAUCUACACACGUCUACCACGCGAAAUCCGUAACCGCGUGUAUACAUACUGCGUCCAGGGAUCCUAUGACAACGAAGUCAUUGUUCGACGCACAGCAAUUGGAAACACCCGACGCUUCGCGCACCUCAUCCGACAACCUUGCGGCCAACACUCCUACCAAUGGAUCGAAGACCCCACAGCAAUAUACUUGAGCGCAGAUGGUCUGGGUGGUGAUGUUGCUAGAGAGUUGCUCGAAUGCUACUAUUGGACCCGUACAUUUAAGUUUGCACACCACGAGCUGUGCCUGCUCAAACCGUUCCUUGAAACAGAUGGAUUUGGGCUUGGAAUGAUACCGGCGCAUUAUGCAAGACGUUUGCACAUACAGAUCCAGCCUCUUGACUUUGCGUUUCUGUUAACCGAAAAACGGCUCUUUGAAGAGCAGCGGUGUUGCAAAACCAUCGAGGCUCUCUCUAUCAUGAAGACAGCUCGGACCGAGGUCAUGGUCGAGAUUGAUCUAGCCCAAGGAUCCUUGAGUGAUGGGGACUAUGAGCACUUCUCGAAUGAAGCUGCGCAGUUCAUGCUCAAACUCAAAAGCGUGGUAGAAACUUUGAAAGAGAGAGGACUGCGCAUAAAUCUAGGGACGAUAUAA